AGUCGCUCUUUGGUCACACGUGACAUUUGGAGAAGUUGCUUGUAUCACAUGAGUGGGUCAAGUUGUAAGUGCUGUGUGUUUCGGGGCCUGCUAAGCAAUUUAGCCUAUAAAUAAAAGAAAUGAAACACGUAAGGAGGUAAAGAAACGUUCUAGGGUGUAAAGGAAGAAGAACAGAAGAGGCAUUGAGGCACCGACAAGAGAGUUUGUAGUCUGGACCCAGAAUCAGGGUAACUGAAUUGCUGUUACAGUUAAGGAGUGCGAUGUCGAGUACAGCCAUGAAGAAAAAGGUGCUACUGAUGGGAAAGAGUGGAUCUGGGAAGACAAGCAUGAGGUCUAUUAUUUUUGCUAAUUAUAUUGCAAGGGACACACGACGUUUGGGAGCUACAAUCGAUGUAGAGCACUCCCAUGUGAGGUUCUUGGGUAAUCUAGUGUUGAACCUGUGGGACUGUGGAGGGCAGGACACUUUCAUGGAAAACUAUUUCACAAGUCAGCGGGAUAACAUUUUUAGAAAUGUUGAGGUGCUAAUCUAUGUUUUUGAUGUGGAGAGCCGUGAACUGGAGAAGGACAUGCACUAUUACCAGUCCUGUCUGGAAGCCAUUCUGCAGAACUCACCUGAUGCAAAGGUUUUUUGCUUGGUGCACAAGAUGGAUCUAGUUCAAGAAGACCAAAGAGAUUUGAUUUUUAAAGAGCGUGAAGAAGAUUUAAAAAGACUGUCACGACCUCUGGAGUGUACUUGCUUUAGGACAUCCAUCUGGGAUGAAACUUUAUAUAAGGCCUGGUCCAGCAUUGUCUAUCAGCUGAUUCCUAAUGUUCAGCAGCUCGAAACCAAUUUACGUAAUUUUGCUCAGAUUAUUGAGGCAGAUGAAGUCUUGCUGUUUGAGAGAGCUACAUUUUUGGUGAUCUCACAUUACCAGUGCAAGGAACAACGUGAUGCACAUAGAUUUGAGAAAAUCAGUAACAUUAUCAAACAGUUUAAACUUAGCUGCAGCAAAUUGGCAGCAUCGUUCCAAAGUAUGGAAGUAAGAAACUCCAAUUUUGCUGCUUUUAUUGAUGUCUUCACAUCUAACACAUAUGUUAUGGUUAUCAUGUCUGAUCCCUCAAUACCAUCUGCCGCCACACUGAUUAACAUCCGUAAUGCUAGAAAGCAUUUUGAAAAGCUGGAGCGUGUUGAUGGACCCAGACACAGCCUGACAAUGCGCAUGCGUUAAAAAGAAAUUUGUGUGACUGCAAGCAUAUCAUCCUGCUUUUUUGGCAAAAGUCCUCAACCAGUUUUCAAAAUGCACAGUGAAGUCCUCCUUUUCAAUAGUCACUAAUUCUUUUGCAAAAGUUUAUGUAAAAUUAUUUUUUUUCUUUCUGUUUUAAAUAUGACACUUUAUUUCUGUUCUUUUUUAAAUUAUAUAACAACUUGUUUUUGCUGG